AUGGCCAUUAUAUCAUCCUUUGUUGCAUUCCAACGCGUUGCUGUUGCGGAGGACCACGUCACACCCCCGAUGAGGCCGGUGAUCGAUAAGAUGUUGGAACGUCUUCCUCGACACGAUACAAAGGUAAGCUAUCAGUAUGAAGCGAAUGUCUACCAUUUCCUUGUUGAGAAUGAAGUUGUUUAUUGCUGUGUUUCAGGCAACCAGUACCAAAAUCGCACGGUUUUUGGAUUUUUGGUACAGGUUCGUGAUUCAUUUAAGAGCCAAUUUGCUGGAAGUGUCAGUAGAUAUCCCCGAUCUUCUGAAAUUACACCUGCUGUUUGUGGUAAAUUUUGUGCCACUCUUUCCACCUUGACACGCACAUUCAAUGAGAACCCUCAAACCGAUAAGAUUGGGAAAAUAAAUGAACAACUUGAUAAUACAAAACAAAUUAUGCUGGAGAAUCUUGACAGAUUGAUUGAUCGGGGCGAACGUAUUGAAAACCUUUGUGAUAAGACGGGACAACUGCGGGACGAGGCGCAAGGGUUUCAUUCGAAUGCCAGGGCAUUAAAGAGAAAAAUGCUUCUUAGGAACAUUAAACUUGCCAUCGCUCUCAUUUGUGUAUUGGGCCUUGUAGGUCUGAUUGUCGCAUUUAUGAUUUGUGGAGUUGAUUUUAAAAAGUGCAAAAAAUAG